CCAUGUAUGUCCACAAAAUAUGAAUCAAAUAGACAAACAAACAAGAAAAAAGAAGCUACAUAGGAUGUUUUAAUGAAAAUAAGAUAAGAACUUAAAUUCUAGAAUAUGUAUACAUGUACAGAAAAAAUUGAAGUCGCACAUGUUUCUAGUAAGAAAUACAGUAUACUUGAACAAGAAACAGGCUGAUGCCUCCACACCAGUGCACUCUGAGCUGCUUUUGGUUGUUGACUCAUAACUGGAUAAUGGCAGAUGCAGUCCCACCCACAGCUAAACAUCUACAUGUGUUGAUGCUUGAAAAAAUGGAAAUGAUAAUAAGGAAUAAGAGUAGCAAACAUGUAGCUGAUAUUGGAUUCUGCUUGGCAAAGCUCCAGCCAACAUCACAGAAGAGGCACUUAAUUGAGUCAGAACAGGAGCCAGGAUCAAGAAUGGUUCGAGUGCGGAGAUCAGCUUCAGAUAAUGAUUGCCCAAUCUGUAUGGAUCCGGCAAAGUUUGCCGUGGAAACUAAUUGUGGGCAUAUGUACUGCUGUAAGUAAAUUCUUUGAGUCUUAUACCAAGUUUACAUUGAAUGCACAGAUAUGUGUAAGGUCAGUACAUGUCAUGGCUUUGUUUUUUUCUUUUCUCUUUCUUUUCUUCAAUGAUUGAAUUUAUAUAUCUUCAUUUACAUAGUGUCACUGCUAAACAGUAAAGUUUAUGUAU